AUGACUUACACCAAGCCUCAGCCAAUGAAGACACCUGACGAUGUCACCAACAUACCACUCAUAAUCCAUGGCACCGAUGUCUUUGACGAGACCGAGUCAAAAACUCACACCUCAAUAGGUUGUCGGUUUCACGCUGCCGACCUUUCAGAUUGCCAGAAAGCCGUCCAAAGUAGCGGCAAGGCGUUUCAGUCGUGGUCUCGGACAUCCCCGCUAAAGAGACGGCGUUUGCUCCUGCACCUUGCUCAGCUGCUUCGUCAACGGGAGAAAGAGAUUCAGGACAUCAUCCAAGCCGAGAUUCAUUGUUCUGAGGCUUGGGCUGCUCAAAAUGUCCGCGAUAGCAUCAGUCUGAUUGAAACUAACGCCUCUCUGGUCACAUCGAGAACUAUGAAUGGAUCGAUCCCACACACAGAGGGCGAAAGAUCAUUCGGGUUCGUCUUCACCCGGCCUAUGGGAGUAAUCCUUGGAAUCGCACCCUGGAACUCUCCCCUAGUCCUGGGCUUUCGCGCCGUGGUGGCACCUAUCGCGAUGGGAAACACAGCUAUACUCAAAGGAUCUGAGCUGAGUCCAAGAACUCACCACUUCAUUGCGGAACUGUUCGUCGAAGCCGGUUUCCCACCUGGAGUCGUCAACUUCAUCCUGCACCGACCGGAAGAUGCGGCGGAUGUAGUCAACGCCCUAGUGACGCAUCCUGCGGUUCGGAAGAUCAACUUCACGGGUUCUACGGCCGUUGGUCGAAUCAUUGCCGAGACGGCUGGCCGAGCCCUUAAGCCGGUGCUGCUGGAGCUCGGUGGGAAAAAUUGUUCCAUCGUCCUGAAGGAUGCCGAUGUUGAGAAGGCAGCUUCGGCCAUUCUUCAGGGUGCGACGGUAAAUGGAGGUCAGGUUUGCAUGUCUACUGACCUGGCCAUUGUCGCGGCUGACAUUGCCGAAGCCUUCAAAGAGACACUUCGGAAUAAUGUCAAGAACUUGCACGCCACAUCAUACAGGGCCAUCAGUACUCGCGGGGCUGCCAAGUCUCUAUCCUUGAUGAGACAAGCCAGGGAGAAAGGAGCCAAAGUAGUAUCUGCUGCCACUGAAACGCAUACCAAUGCUCGCGACCCCCAGGAUGUUCCGGUCACCUUGAUCGAAGACGUUGAGCCAUCGAUGGAUUUCUUUUCCACAGAGUCCUUUGGACCUUUAGUUGGCGUGGUGACGGUUAGCACCGUAGAUGAGGCGGUCAAGAUUGUCAACGAGAACGAGUACGGCCUUUCUUGCGCCAUAUGGACCAGAAACCAUCAUCAGGCGCUGGAACUGGCCCAGAGAAUUGACACUGGAGCUGUUCAUGUCAACGCAUCAACUGUGCAUGACGAGGCAACGUUACCCCAUGGCGGAAGCAAGACGAGCGGGUUCGGCAGGUUUGGGGCUGAAUGGGGGCUUGAGGAGUUUGUCAAGACUCAGACGGUAAUUCUAAACCCAUAA